ACACAAACUCAUCCAACAGUUUCUUGGUGCACGGGGGAGACUGAGUGUGCACGUGCCGGGAGUAUGCAUCUGCAGAUUUAAACUUUUUUUUAAAACUGAAAUUUAAUCAUUUAUCGUUCUUGUUCAGCGAAGCAACAGUAUCACAAAAUGGCACUCCUUAAUAACUUCACCACAGCGUGCUUGAAGAAUUUUCAAAGCGACCGGCUUCAUUCCCAACUCUUCUUCUUCAUGCGCGCAUUACACAAAUCUGCAGCCAGCGAGACUUAUGGGAUGUCCACAGCCAGAGAAGGAGCCAUGCCCGAGAGGUUGAUCACACCGACAGAUGCCGGUGACAAAACCACAAUCAAGAGUUUGAAGGACAUGCCAGGACCCAGCACUAUGUCCAAUCUGGUCGAGUUCUUCUGGAAAGACGGGUUCAGUAGAAUCCAUGAGAUUCAGAUGGAGCACUCCAAGAAGUUCGGCAAAAUCUUCAAAUCACGUUUUGGGCCCCAGCUGGUGGUCUCGGUGGCAGACCGGGAUCUGGUGGCUGAGGUGCUGAGGGCCGAAGGCGUGGCCCCCCAGAGGGCUAACAUGGAGUCCUGGAAGGAGUACAGAGACAUGAGAGGCCGUGCCACAGGCCUCAUCUCAGCUGAGGGUGAAGACUGGCUGAAGAUGCGCAGCGUGCUCAGACAGCUCAUCAUGCGUCCCCGUGAUGUCGCAGUCUUCUCCGAUGACGUGAACCAGGUGGUCGAUGACCUGAUCAAGAGAGUCAGCAUCCUGCGCACCCAGGAGGUGGACGGAGCGACGGUCCUCAACGUGAACGACCUCUUCUUCAAAUACGCCAUGGAAGGUGUGGCGGCCAUUUUAUAUGAAUGCCGACUGGGCUGUUUGGAAGAGCAGAUUCCUAAAGACACUCAGGACUACAUCGGUGCCCUCCACCUCAUGUUCAGCUCCUUCAAGACGACCAUGUACGCCGGAGCGAUCCCCAAAUGGCUGCGUCCAAUCAUCCCCAAACCGUGGGAGGAGUUCUGUCAAUCCUGGGACGGCCUCUUCAAAUUCAGCCUCAUUCACGUUGAUAAGCGUCUCUCGGAUAUUAAGGCCCAGCUGGAGCGAGGAGAGGAAGUGAAGGGUGGAUUGCUCACACACAUGCUUGUUACCAGGGAGAUGACCGUCGAGGAGAUAUACGCCAAUGUAACGGAGAUGCUGUUGGCGGGCGUAGACACGACAUCCUUCACCCUGUCUUGGGCGACCUACCUGUUGGCCCGACACCCUCAAAUACAAGAGCAGAUCUUCACAGAGGUGACAAACACUCUUGGACAUGGAGCAGUGGCCACAGCGGAUGAUGUCUCUCGUCUUCCUCUCAUCAGAGGGUUGGUCAAAGAGACUCUCAGGCUUUUUCCAGUUCUCCCAGGAAACGGACGGAUCACCCAGGAUGACUUGGUGGUUGGCGGAUACUUCAUCCCCAAAGGGACUCAGCUGGCCCUGUGUCACUUCCACACUUCUAUGGAGGAGGAGAACUUCCCUGAAUCCUCAGACUUCAGGCCAGAUCGCUGGAUAAGGAAAGACUCCACUGAUCGCGUCGACAACUUUGGCUCCAUUCCCUUCGGCUACGGCAUCAGAAGCUGCAUCGGCCGGAGGAUAGCAGAGUUAGAGAUGCAUCUGGCUCUCACAAGGCUCAUCCAAAAGUUCCAGAUCGGCGUGUCUCCUCUCACGGAUGACGUCAAGGCCAAAACUCACGGCCUGCUCUGCCCUGCUGCUCCCAUCAACUUGCAGUUCAUCGACAGGAAGAACUGAACACUCCUCUCCUCCAGGUCUACUGAAGUCACUGAUUUUAAAGUGCUGAUUCCGUGUUAGAGGUUUUUAAAUACACUGCUUUUAGGACACUUUGUGAUGGAGUAAAACUUCAGCCUUGGCUCUGUUUCUCAAACAGGAAGUUUCUCUCCUCCUCUUGUUUGUUAGAGAGACGGACACAAAACAGUCCAGAUGUAAAGACAAAAUCUAUUCUUGUAUGUUUUUAUUUGUACUUCAUGAAACGACAGCAGUUAAAACUCUUACACUUUUCAUUCACUCUGUUUAAAUUGGUGCAACUUUAAUCUUCAUACACCAGCUGUAACCUUUUCACUGUUUUUGCAUGUAUGUGGGCUGAGACUGUGUGCACAUACAUAAUCACAACUUCUCCUCCCUUAGUUUGGGAAACAUGUUCACUGAGCUACAAACGUCGAGAGGGAACAAUGAAUGUACUGAAAUGUGCUGUUUUAAGAAGUACAGUUUGUAUAUAAUGAGCUUUAUGUUUGAUUGUGUUGCAAACCAAAAUCUUGUAGCUGGUAGCUUUUCUUCUGCAGCACAUUGUUUUUAUUCACACUGAGGAAGACACUAAUCACUGAAGUAGCAUUAUAUUUUUUAAUCUGCUUACAGAAAAGUUAACAGGUUUUAGAAUUUUAGAAUUUUUAGAGUCACAGAUAAGAGGAAAAUAUUGUAUAAACUCCAGAGUACAAAACUUAAUUCCCCCCCCCCAAAAAACCCAAAAUGAAGAGACUAUUCAGAUUAAUUUAAUUUUGAAUGAUCUAUUUUUUCAACACCUUAUAUUACAAUAAGUGAGAUCAGUAAAGUAUUUUGGUUGAGUGCUGUUACUGUGAAUGCAGUUAUUUUACCAGUUACAUGAAAAGAGGGAUGAUGAAUGUUGGAAAAUACUUUUGAAAUGGGAGGAGAAAAGUUGUUGAUUGUGCCAUUCAGAAGGAUCUCAUUCGUUUGUAGGAAAUGGAAACGUUUUAUGUCUUUUGUAUUUAUCUGCUCUUAUUUCUUUCUGUAUCUUUUCUACUCUAGUUCCAGUGAAACUGGGUAAAAAUAAAAUGAUUUAAUAAUAA